ACUUCGAAUAUUUUUUUUUCAUGAGGGUAACUCUGUCACGGUAAAGGUAUUUUCGUAGUUUUUGGAAAUACAGGUUCGUUUUGGUAAAUCGAGUUAGGGAGAGCCUGCUCCGUCCAACUACGAAAACCUUCGAUCUAGAUUCUAGUAUUCAAGGAGUCCGCCACGCUGAAGGACGAGGACGACGUGAUACUGUCUAGGGUGACAUUAGGAACUGGAUAUCAGAGAGAGAGAGAGAGAGAGAGGAUCCAGACACCAAUCUCAGAGAGGAAGUUGGAAUUUGUUUACAUAAUAUUACAAUUGAAGGAAGCAUGAAGGGUAAUGAACCAAAGAUGCCAAGAAUGGAGGAUAUUCUUAGCCUUCCAGUGCAAGAUCCUCCUUGUGCAGAGUUUUCUGCAGCUCAUAUAAACUGGGUAAAAGUUGAGGGCGGUCGCCAGGGUGGUGAUGACAUUGCCCUAAUCCCCUUCUCUAGAGUUGAUGAUUUCGUAAAAGGUGAAUCUACCAAUGCAGAAUGCCCUGCUAACUUCCGUAUUGAGUCAAGAAGAAAGCGACCCGAAGGGAGUGUUAGUAAGCCAAGGGUUGAUGGUUAUCUUGAAUAUACACUAUAUUGGUGUUCAUAUGGUCCUGAAGACUACCGAGAUAGUGAGUCUGGUGUUGGUGAUGGCUCAAACAGUAAACCAACAUCAGGGAAAGGUAGUAGGCCUGGAAGACGUCACAUGAUGAGAGGAUGCCUUUGCCACUUCACUGUGAAGCGCUUAUAUACUCGUCCUCUCCUUGCACUUAUCAUCUAUAAUCAGCGAAAUCAUGUGGAUAAGACAGGGGCUCCUUGUCAUGGGAUACUUGAUAGAGAUGCUGUGGGAACUAGAGCUAUGUAUGCUCCUCGGAUCUCAGAGGAAUUACGUCAAAAAGUGAUGUCUAUGCUUUAUGUUGGAAUAUCAUUGGAUAAUAUUAUUCAGCAUCACAUUGAGGAAGUAGAAAGGCAUGGUGGGCCCUGCAACCGUGAUGAUUUUCUCACUCGGAAUGAUGUUCGCAACAUGGACAGGGUGAUCCGACAUUCCACAUAUCAGUUACAUGCAAAUGAUAUAUGUAGUAUACGUAUGUGGGUGCAACGCCACCAGAAAAAUGUGUUCUUCUUCCAAGAUUCAUCACCUACAGAAUCAUUUAUUCUGGGUAUACAGACAGAAUGGCAGUUGCAGCAGAUGCUACGUUAUGGCCAUGAUAGUUCUGUAGCCUCUCAUUCGAAUUUUGGCUUGAAGAAACUCAGGUACCCGUUGUGCACCUUAUUAGUUUUUGACUCAUGCCAGAAUGCAAUUCCAGUCGCAUGGGUUAUCACAUCCAAUUCUGAUGGUCAAGAUGUCCAUAAGUGGAUGGGAUCCCUUGUUGAAAGAAUCAGAGCCAAGGACCCAAGGUGGAGACCCAAUGCCUUUCUGCUGGAUGAUCCAUCUUUCAAAGCUCUUACUGUCAGAGAAGCCUUCCAGUGCAGAGUUCUCUUGUGCCUUUGGCAUGUUCGCCGUUCCUGGAUAAGAAGCCUACUGAAGAAGUGCUACAAUUUUGAUGUGCAGAGAGAGAUGUUCAAGUACCUGGGCCGGGUUUUAUAUUGCAUGAGGACCAUGGAUGCAAUAGAAGAAUUUAUGCAAAUUUUUGUUGAUCAAUGUGCAUUCAUGGAUUAUUUUAGGGCUCGCUGGCUGCCAAGCUUAGAGUUGUGGGUGAAUGGCAUGAGGACUCUCCCAGUUUCAAAUCAAGAGCCACAUGCUGCACUCGAGUCCUAUCACUUAAGGUUGAAAUCCAAACUGUUUAAUGAGUUACAAGCUGCUUCCUGGCUAAGAGUUGAUUGGCUGGUUCAUACCUUGACCACCGAGUUCCAUUCCUUGUACUGGUUUGAGCAAUACACUGAAGAAACUGGGUAUUUUAGAAAUCUGAGGGAGGGGUCCUUUUCAAACAACUCCUGGUACCGGGCAUUACUCAUUCCUGAUGACGAUGUAAUCAUGGAUGAGGAAGAUCUACGGAUUGUGAAGGUUUUCUCCCUAUCAGACAGGGGCCUGGCAUAUACCAUCUGGAAUCCCGGGUCAGAAUUUGCACUUUGUGAUUGCCCCUGGUCAAGGUUGGGCAAUCUUUGUAAGCAUGUAAUCAAGGUGGGCAUCCUGUGUAGAAACCGUCAUGUUGCAAGGCCUUCAUUGGCUGCUCAGACUUAUCGACAGGCAUUGCUUAGCCUUCUGCAGAACCUUCCUGAUGAUCCUAUAGUUCUUGACCAUGCCAUCUUGCAUGUUACCCGCAUGCAGCAGGAUAUCAAAGGCUUGGAGGACUUAUCUAAUAGUGGCCUGCUCCAGCCAUUAACUCCUGUUGAGGCAAAUUCUCAAAUUGCAGAUAGCAUUCUACCUUUGCCACAGCUUCAUUGAUUGGAUGGUUGGAGGGUUUUGAUAUUGUUGUUUGGACUACCAUAUUAAUUUGAUCUGUAAAAAUCUGAUGAGGCUGUUAUAAAUGUUCCAUUUUAGUUGCUGAUCAUUGAGGGUUUGCUGAUUUGGAUUCUUGAAAAGCGUCUCUCAAGAAUGAUAGCAGUGGUUUCCAUUUCAUUUGUUAUCCAGGAAUCAAACUUGAAAUGGGAGACAGAACCUGCACUAGUCAUUAACCACAAGUUUGGAGGGAGUACCCUAAACAUUGACAUUUGACAGCGUAUUCUUAUUUGGGAAGUAUUUGAAACAGGUAAUGCUAACCACUUACAUUUCGUUGAUUACAUGCAAAGUUUGCUUUCUUAUUUGUUAAAAACGUAGAAAAAACAACACUGAGCAUGUGAAAGUAUGAUGACAUCAUCUAUAAUAAAGUUCAUUGGUUUGGAAUCAAAGAAUUGUUUUUACAUCUUUCCUUCAUCCUAUAGCCUUCUUCCUAGACACAAUUACCUGAAAAGGGGAGGUUCUUUCUUUUUUGCUCGCUUUUCCUCUUUUUCCUAUUCUGGCUGUUUUUGUUAUUAAAAGGAGGUGCCUGGGAACUAUGGAGAAGAAUGAGGAGAAAAACAAACGUGAAAGGAAGGGAGGUUAGUAUCUUCAUUUUUCUAAGUUUUUUCUUACACUGUAAAAUGCUUCCAAUGCCAACUCCUUGCAGAAGAAUCAGCUAGUGCAUCAUUCAGGCAUUCCCUUCUUUUCAUGUAAGUUUUUGGUGCCACGGAUCAAAAGGAAGGAAAAAAAAGGAUGCUUCUGGUGCCUUACAGGAAAGGAAAAAGCAAGAACAGAACAAAUUUUCACUUGAUGAAUGUACAUGUUCUUUGGAAUUGUUUGAGGUCCGAGGGAUUCAAGUUGCCCAUAUCAACUCCCGAAGCUUUAGGUGAUAUCUUACAAGCAUUAGUUGAUCUUCAAAUGUGGCUCUCUGCUGGUUCUGCAGCUGGUGAGCUUGUUUGCAGAACAAUAUCCACUGUGGGUCGAUUCACCAAUGGUUUGCUUAUUAUUAUUCUUGGUAAUUUUGUUGACUUGUUUUUUCUUUUAAGGAGUAACCUAUACAUUUCUUCUCUUAGAAUGGUGUGUAUUGCACAGAACAAGUGGGGUUAUGUUUUUUUCCUAUCCAAACUAUAUGGAUAUGGUAUUCAAGAUGUCUAUGUAAACUAUACCCUGUAUACUAAGAAAUCGAAUCAAAGAGGAGAGAUUAUUUCA